UCACGAAAUCAAUGAUGACGUUUAACGUUUGACGAGCCGAACCGUGCAUCCGUAUAUUUUUUUACAAUUCCGUAGAUAUUUACACGCUAUAGCUACGUCUGGCUGAAACAAUGGUCGUGGAGGAACCCAGUGCGAAUAGUGGUGAAAAUGUGGAGAAAAGCGACAGUAACACCGCUGUGGCGGAGCCUGUGAAAAUCUUCACAAUCGAAAUACUGCACAUGAUCAAGGAUGCUCAGCAGCAACAUGGUCUGAGACAUGGUGACUAUCAACGCUACCGUGGCUACUGCACACGUCGCAUACGUCGUCUACGCAAGGCUUUGAAGUAUCCUCAAGGCGAUAAGCGACACUUCAAACGUCGCGAUGUGACGCUUUCCCAGCUGACGGGCAAGAAGGCGGAUGAGCGCUUCAUACAUAUACCGCUAAUCAGUUCGGAGCGUGCCUGGGCAUAUGCCAUGCAGUUAAAGCAGGAGGCCAAUACGGAGCCACGCAAGCGUUUUCAUUUAAUCAACAAGCUGCGACGCGCUUGCUUCUACGCACUGCAGCUGCAGGAACUGUGCAAUACCGAAGCUUUUGAUGCACGCACCAAGCUGGAGUGCGAGGCGUACGUUGCCUGGAUGCAUGGCACACUGCACUUUGAACUUCAACUUUGGAAGACCGCUGGUGAGCAUUUAAAACGCGCUCAGGUUGUCUACGAGAACUUGGCACAGGCUUUGCCAGACGAUGAGCAGGAGCUGUAUCGUGCCAAGGUGAACGAGUUCACGCCCAACUUGAGAUAUUGCGCCUACAAUAUUAGCGGUGGUGCCAGCGGUGGCAAUAUUGAUGAGAUACUUGAACUGCGUGCACAGGGCGUGCUUGAGAAUCUGGAUGUGCUGGUGAGCCAGACAAAGACGGAGAGCAGCGAGGGACUGCAGACAAUAGAUUGGCGCGGCCGCAAGGUGACCGUGCGUCCCGAAAAGGUGCGUCUGUUCCUGCUUAGUGCACAGGAGCUGGAUAAAUCUUUGGCCAAGACGGCCAAACUGGAUGGCAAGAUUGAGCUAAUCGAACGCAUACUUAUGGACUGCAAGGAUGCAAUACAAGCAGUGCGCGAUGAGAUCAAGCAAGAUCCCAAGCUCCGUUCGUUGACCACCGGCCAAACGGUGUCAGGAGUGCAAUAUUUGUUAGCCUAUUUGAGCUACAUCCGUCACAGCCGCACGCUGCAACGGAAUUUGUGUUUGGUCGAGCAGGCUAAGCUAAACUUCGAAGAUCCCAACCAGCAAAAGCAGGAGCAGACACAAACGCAAGCCGAGGGCAAACGUGUACGCUCACAGGAUCUGGCUCGUCUCUACGAGAUUAUCUUGCAGAAUGUAACAGAAAUGCAGCAAAUCGGUGGCAUGGAGGAGGAUACAAAAUAUCAGAACGAGGUGGCCAAUCUGGCGCUUACCUUCAAGGCCUUCCGUUGUUAUUACAUUGCACUUACGCUGGUAGACAUGAAGAAAUGGAAGGAAGCAGUAGCGCUGUACGAGCGCGCCUCCAACUAUGCCAAUGAGGCCCUAAAGGGCAAGUGCUGCGAGGAGUUCCAGAUGCAGCCGGAUCUAAAGAAAAUGGUAUCCACCAUUGAUGGCAGCAAGUUCUCAGCACAUGCUUAUAGCGUGCUCGAGGAUGAGAAUGGCGAUGAUGCCAAAUCGACUAAAUCGCAGAAAACAACGAAACCGCUUUAUGAGCGUCUCUCCCAAUACAAGGAAGACCAAUCGCUGCAUACGCGAGCGCCCAAUGUGUUUAAGCUUACACCCGACAUGGAGCCCAUACCCUGCAAGCCACUGUUCUUCGACUUGGCCAUGAACUACUUGGAGAUGCCUUCGCUGGAGGACAAGCUCGAGUCACCUGGAAAGAAGGGCGCCUCCAUAACUGGCUUUGUCAAGGGAUUCCUUGGCUGGGGCGGCAACAAAUAAGAGGACC